AUGGAAGCUCCCGAUCCCAUCGCCCGGGCGCUGGCUCAGCCACACAUUGUCCAGGCCAUCUGUAGCCAUCUGCCGAAGAAAAGCCUCGGUUCGGCUUCUCUCGUCAAUCGCGACUUCUUCAACUUUGCCACAGAGGAGAAAUGGUUCGCGGGCUCGCUAUCGACUCUUGCACUCCGCACUCAGAUUAGCCGGCGGCAGCUCUUCGCCUCCAAGGUUCGUCGCCUGGUCAUGACUCCCACAAAGAUGGUCCAGUACAGCAAAGCUUUUCGCAGAAUCCAAUUCAGCGGCCUCAAGUACUUGUCACUGGUCAGCUACUCGGGGUUGCGUGAAGAGGACGAGAAAGCGGCGAUUGACAGAGAAUUAUUGCAUCGCUAUCUUCAGCCGCAGCUUACCCAUCUGGUUCUGCGAAAGAGCCGCAUCACGGAUCUGUUUCUGCAUGAAGUCGAGAGCACGUGCCAAAAUCUGCGAUCUCUGCGACUGGACCUUCUCUGGGCCCAUUAUACAGACGAGGCGCUGGCAGCACUCAUUGCAGCCAACCCCCUUCUCGAGCAUCUCCGCGUCAAGCCACGAGACAGGGAGAACUCUGAGGCGUUUGCAGGGGACGAACUUCAUCCGCUCACAGAUGAUGUCAUGGACGCGACUCUGCUACAGUGCGCUCGCCAGCGGAAGCUGCUCUCGUUGCGGAUCGGCACCGACGUGAUCUUGAAGCCGGAACCUUUUCAGCGCAUCUGCGACCAGGUGCCUGAGCCAUUUCCUCUAUUGAGAGAAUUUUCGGGAUAUGUUCCUUCUAUGGCGGCCCCUCUGCUCGGGCAGUGGUGCAAACAUAUGCAUCAGCUCGAUAUGGUUUUCGAUGACAGCGAGGUGCCUGUCUUGCGAGAAAUAUCCAAGAUGAAGAACCUCCGAAGCAUGGAAAUUGACUUGGCUUCAGGCGCAACAAUUUGUAGUCUGGACAUGGUGUCGCUACAAGCUCUGUCAAAGCUAGAAGUCUUUUCCUUGAUCUGCGAGGACAAGUCAUGGCCUCAGUUGCCCCUCGCGUGUGAUGAUUUCCAGAAAUGGAUGGCAUCAUUUCCAAACUUGAAUGUUUUUGAACUGGAAGUGAAUAUUGGUCGCCAUGACCAUUGUACUGAUGGUUGUCUGGCUACUUUGUCUCGCGGCUGGUCUCGCCUCGAGCGCCUCACGUGGCCAGGCAUAAUACAUUUCGGCAAGCUUGAUCUGGAGGAUUCAACAAUGCCUCUUUUCCCAAACCUCGAGGAUCUAACCGUGGAGAACGCGACAGUCUCCAAGGACAAUCAGUGGGUUCCCAAGUCAGUACCAUGA